AUUUUAAAGAAAUCGACGAUGAUGUUUUAAAAGAAUUAACAAUGUUAAUUCAAAAUGAACAUCUUCAGUCGGCCUAUGAAAUUGCUAAGGAAAUUAGAUCUGCUUAUUUGUUUAAUUUUAAAGAGAAAAAACUGCAGUCGAUUACGCUCAGCAUUGGUGUUUCUGCAGUGAAUUCCUCGGUAAAAGCUUCUAAUGAUUUAUUGAUUCAUGCUAAAGAAGCUUGUAUAAAGGCCAAAGAAUAUGAUCACAAUCAGGUGGUAAUAUGGGAGAAUGAGAAUGGGAGAAUGUUUCGAUUCAAGUAA